AUGUACUCCCGCAGCAUCACCAGCAGCACCGGUCCAGUGAUGCGCUCCAGCAGCCGCAUGUCUUACACAUCUGCCCCCAAGGCUCACAGCGUCUCAGGAUUCAGGACAUCUCCUCGCAUCUCCUCCAGCCAGAUGUACUCUGUGUCUUCUGGUUAUGGCGGCGGUAUGGGCUCUGGUUCUGGUUAUGGCGGCGGUAUGGGCUCUGGUUCUGGCUAUGGUGGAGGCAUGGGUGGUUUCGACCUGUCCAAUGCCGUGGAUCAGAGCAGCAUCCAUCUGAACGAGAAGGCUACUAUGCAGAAUCUGAACGACCGUCUGGCCAGCUACCUGGACAAAGUGAGGUCUUUGGAAGCGGCCAAUACCAAGCUGGAGCUGCAGAUCAGAGAGUACUACGAGCAGAAGGGACCAGCAGCGGAGAGGGACUACAGCAAAUACUGGGCCAUCAUCAACGACCUCAAAGACAAGAUUGCCGGGGCAACCAUCGGAAAUGCCAACAUCCUCCUCCAGAUUGACAACUCCAAACUGGCUGCAGAUGACUUCAGGACCAAAUUCGAGCACGAGCUGAUGAUGCGGCAGUCAGUUGAGGCCGACAUUGCCAACCUGCGCCGUCUCCUGGACCAGACCACUCUCACCAAGGCAGAUCUGGAGAUGCAGAUCGAGGGCUUGCAGGAUGAGCUGGCCUACCUCAAAAAGAACCACGCAGAGGAACUGGCCGCCCUUCGUUCUCAGCUCACCGGCACAAUCAAUGUGGAGGUGGAUGCAGCGCCCCAGCAAGACCUCAACAAAGUCCUGGAGGAGAUCCGCGCCCAAUACGAAAACAUCACAGACAAACAUCGUCGCGACCAAGAGGCCUGGUUUAAUGAAAAGUCUGCAAACCUGUCAAAGGAAGUGGCCGUCAGCACAGAAGUAAUCCAGACGACAAAGACAGAGAUCAACGACCUACGACGCACUUUGCAAGGGCUGGAGAUUGAGCUGCAGUCUCAGCUGAGCAUGAAAGGAGCGUUGGAGAACACGUUGGGAGAAACAGAGGCCCGGUAUAGCUCCAUGCUGUCCGGUUAUCAGAACACCAUCAACAUGCUAGAGUCAGAGCUCGCCAACGUCCGUGGAAGCAUUGAAACUCAAGGGCAGGAGUACAGGAUGCUGCUGGACAUCAAGACAAGGUUGGAACAGGAGAUCGCCACCUACAGGAGCCUGCUGGAGACGGAGGAGUCCAGACCCAUGGGAGGAGGAAAGACCACAGUUACCACCACAACUGUGCGCUCUUCCAGUUAA